CAUCAGCGUGCGCGGUCCGGCCGUGCCGGGCCCGGAGCCUUUGCCGGUGCCAUGACCCGCUGGGCCCGGCGCAAUGCCCCGCCCGGGGCCCGGGCGCUGUCCGCCACCCCCUGGGAGCAGCUGGCGCCCAGCGCGGAGCCGGAGCCGCCGCGGGCAGGCCGGAGCAGGAGGAGGAAGAAGGAGUACGAGAACCAGGACGUGAACGGGUUCGCGGCACAUCGCGGGGAGCAGGAGGAGGAGGAGGAGGCGCGGAGGAAGGACAGGCGGCGGGAGAGCAGGAGGCUGAGGAGGCAGGAGAGGAAGAAGAACGCCAUGGUGUGUUUCCACUGCAGAGAACCUGGCCACGGCGUGGCUGAUUGUCCUGCAGUGCUGGAGAGCCAAGACAUGGGGACAGGGAUUUGCUACCGCUGCGGAUCCACGGAGCACGACCUCAGCAAAUGCAGAGCCAAGGUGGAUCCAGCUGCUGGGCCAUUUCCAUAUGCAAAGUGUUUCAUCUGUGGUGAGAUGGGACAUCUGUCAAGGUCAUGUCCAGAUAAUCCCAAGGGGUUGUAUGCUGAAGGUGGGGGCUGCAAACUGUGUGGCUCUGUGGAGCACUUCAAAAAAGACUGCCCAGAGAAGCAGAACACAGAGCAGGUGACAGUGGGGCGCUGGACCCCCGGCCUGAGCGCGGACCACGAGGACGUCGCGGCCGUGCCGGCGCCGCAGAGAGCGCAGCCCAAGCGACCCAAGGUUGUCACUUUCUGAAGGCUCCUGCCUCUCCAGGAGUUCUCCUGCGCUGCUGCACCCGAGUGCUGACGACGGAGAGUGGAUCCAGAAAAUCAAGCAAGCUGCAGAGGAGCUGUUGGUUUUCUGUCUCCCCUCUUUUUCCCGGUUUGCCUCCCAAACUUGCCUGGCGCACUGUAAAGCUGGGAACAAGAGGAGCACAGCAAGUGGCUGUUUGAUUAAAGGAAUUGUGGGUGUUUUCUAAA